CGGAGGGUGAGUGCCGUUGAGCGCACGCUCAGAGCAGACCGCUAGCAGGAGGCAGGAUGUGACAGUCUAAGACCCUGGAAGCUGACGGCCAGAGGGAGGGAAGGUUGGUCACAGAGGAGAGGCAAAGCAACGGGAGGUGGAGGAUCCUGGAUGCAAGGAGAAUACGCAGCAGCGAGGGGCUGCAGAAGUGGACCCAGCGACUUCUGCGCCGACGCGGGGCGAGCGGGAGAGAGGAAGAGAGGGGAGCGCGGUGGCGCUGCGAGCUGGCCUCGCCGGGGAAGGGGCUGCUAUGUCCCGUGAGCGGCCCCCGGGCACCGACAUUCCCCGCAACUUGAGCUUUAUCGCCGCGCUAACGGAGCGCGCCUACUACCGUAGCCAGAGGCUCAGCCUCGAGGAGGAGCCGGAGGAGGAGCCAGGCGAGGGCGGGACGCGGUUCGGGGCCCGAUCCCGCGCUCACGCACCGAGUCGGGGCCGCCGAGCCCGCUCUGCACCAGCCGGAGGCGGCGGGGCCCGGGCGCCCCGCAGCCGUAGCCCAGACACCCGCAAGAGAGUGCGUUUCGCCGACGCACUGGGGUUGGAGCUGGCUGCCGUGCGCCGCUUCUGUCCCGGUGAGCUGCCCCGGGUGCCCCGUCACGUGCAGAUCCAAUUGCAGAGGGACGCCCUCCGACACUUCGCGCCCUGCCAGCCCCGCGCCCGCGGCCUCCAGGAGGCGCGCGCCGCCCUGGAGCCGGCCAGCGAGCCCGGCUUCGCCGUCCGCUUGCAGGCGCAGCGCAUCUGCCUGGAACGCGCCGAGGCGGGCCCGCUGGGCGUGGCCGGGAGUGCGCGAGUGCUGGACCUGGCCUACGAGAAGCGCGUGAGCGUGCGCUGGAGCGCCGACGGCUGGCGGAGCCAACGCGAGGCGCCAGCCGCCUACGCCGGUCCGGCCCCGCCCCCGCCGCGCGCCGACCGCUUCGCCUUCCGCCUGCCCGCGCCACCGAUUGGGGGCGCCCUGCUCUUCGCCUUGCGCUACCGUGUGACAGGUCACGAGUUCUGGGACAACAACGGUGGCCGUGACUAUGCUCUGCGUGGGCCCGAGCACCCGGGCAGUGGCGGAGCCCCGGAGCCCCAGGGCUGGAUCCACUUUAUCUGAGACGAGGCGCCUGCGGCCGGCGGCGGAAAACACCAAAGAAGGGAUGGAAACCCUAUUUUCUUUUCUCCAAGACCAUGGUUGGUCUACUUCCCUCACUCGGGCUCCUUGACAGUCUUCUAGAAGAGAGAAGGAGGAAAAGAAGCAGUUCCUGAUGUUACAAAUGAACAAGGAUCUCCCAGGUAACCAGCUCCCCACACCCAUUUCUGUUACUAAUUUCUCAAAUUUCUGGUUCCCCUUCUUCCUUAUCACUGAGUGAAAGGGGACAGGCAUGCACAUGUGCCCAUACAUGUAUUCAGAAUAGAGUGUGGGGGCAGGGGCAGUAGUUCAUGCCUGUAAUCCCAGCACCUUGGGAGGCUGAGGCAGGUGGAACAUUUGAGGUCAGGAGUUCAAGACCAGCCUGGCCAACAUACUGAAACCCUGUCUCUACUAAAAAUAAAAAAAUUAGCCAGGCAUGGUGAUUCAUGCCUGUAGUCCCA